AUGGAAGACCCAAUAGCUGCUCUACAGCAUGAAUACCGUCAGAUUCGCGAGGCGGACGACAGACGACAUCAGAUAUUUGACACCCUAAUUGAACAAGUCUCGACCUUAUCGAAAGAGCGAGAUGAUGCUGUUCGUCGAUCUCAGCGUGCCGACAUGACCUGCGAUACCUAUCAACAAAAGCUUGAAAUGGCCGAAAAGCGACUAGAUUCCUUGGAGAAGGCAGUCACCUUAGAUCAAUUCGCAGUGGUACUGAUAGAUGGAGACGACGUCUUGUUCAACGACAGCUACAUCCGCGACGGCGCAGAAGGCGGUGAUCGCGCCGCCACAGACCUCCACAACGCACUCGUCGAGCAGCUUAGACCACGAGGUGACUAUCGGAAGAAUAUCCAAGUCCGGAUUUAUCUCAAUCUUGCUGGUCUGGCCGGCACUUACACCGAGGCUAAAGUCAUUCCACACCCUAUCGAGUUCAAUAAGUUCGUAUCAGGUUUCAACAGACGAGGAUUAAUCGAGAUCAUCGAUGCUGGCAAAGUGAAAGAGGCAGCGGAUAAACAGAUCAGAGAAAACUUCGAACUGUUUAGUCGCAAUAUUCAGUGUAAAGAGAUCAUUCUAGGAUUUUCGGGUGACAGCAGUCACGCGGGUUUCCUCCACGAUAACAUGCCCAACGCCUCCACUGGUUUCCACCUGUCACUUCUGAAAGGACGCGAUUUCGCAAAAGACCUCAAACCUCUAGCCGAAAAUCUGGACGUGGUCUCAGCUCCGGAGAUCUUCCGCGACACAGCGCUUCCGACUCGCACAGUAGCUGCUCAACAGGCCGCUCAGGCAUCGGUUUGGUCAACGGCGACGCAAGCUCCGCCUGCUCGCCAACCGGCCUCAUCAUCAUCUAGCGAUGGCGAUGCCACCGAUGCUCUCAUUGCACGGUUAACUAUUAACAGCCCGAACGUGACCGAGCCGCCAAAAGCAGCACCAGUGCCAACCACCUCAGCAUCCACUUCUCAGAAGACCGGGCGAAAGACCAUCUUCGUUAACUCUCAAGGCCAACGUCUUGACAAACCUCUCAAGGAUGUUGAUCGCGAUCUAGCGAAGGAACUGAAGCAAAAGAAGCUCUGUAACCGGCACCAUCUCCGGGGCGAUUGCGAUAAGGGCAACACAGGCUUCUUUACUUGUAACCACUCCCAUGCCGGCACGCUCAAAGAACGAGAGAAGCAGGCGUUGCGCUUCGUUGCCAGAACCAGCCCUUGUAAGUUGGGAACGGCUUGUCAGGAUCCGGAUUGCUUCUACGGGCAUCGGUGCCAGUAUGGCGAGAACUGCACGAAAACAGAUUGCUGGUUCAGUGAUGAUAUGCAUUAUGUCGCUCUGGAGGGAAUUAAGGAGACACUGCCAGUUGAGUAUUAUACUGUCACGUAA